AUCGUAGACAUCAUCAUCGUCUUCAUCGCAUCACCUCCAUCGUCUCUGUAACAAUGGAGGAAAUGUCGAAUCACAUCAACAAACAAACACCAAAAACCAAUUUCAUUAAGCUCAACAACAUGUUCUCCAUUUUCAUCUUCAUCAUCUUCUUCUUCUCAUCCACUGUGUCUCUCAGUUCUUACACUCACCAUUUCUCCUCUUUCGACAGACAUUACAUCUUCCUCCUCUGCAAUGGAAUCCUGGUUUUCCUCAUAAUGAACUUCGGUUCGACCAACAGCUCUUCACCAAAACAAAAUCAUACAGUAAUCACAAAUGAAACCAACCUCCCACAUCUGCUAAUCUCAUCAGCCAUGGAAGAACAAGAACAAGAACAAAAACAAGAACAAGAAGAAGAAGAAAAAAUCGAAGAAGAUGAUGAAAGCAUUCAUAUUGGUUCUCAUGUUUGCGUAGUUGAAGAUGAUUAUGUUGUUUCUGCCACUCAGUAUCAAAUUGAAGAUCAAAAGGCAGAGAUUCAUUUUGUUGUUGAUGAACAUGAAAUAGAGGAAUUGAACAGGAGAUGUGCAGAAUUCAUAAGAAAGAUGAAGAAAAGAAUUAAAUCUGAAUCAUUUCUUCAUUAGAAAUAAGUAAAACAGUUUAAUUUUAGUGUAAACUAACAGUUAAAGCCUCGACUUUGUUUUUUUCUAUGUAGUAUGAAUUCUCUUGUUUGUGUUAUUUAGAUAUCCAACUACUAAAAAAUAUUCAGUUUAGUUAA